UCAUUCUCUUGGCCUCUCAUCUUUGAUGAAUGCGAGUGAGUCGCGAUUUCCUGGACAAGCACAGCUUCUGUUUUCUGAGCUUUCUAAGCUGAAUUCCAUCACGCUAAUGGAACUAGUUAUGGACCUUUUACCAUCUCCUGACGAGGACUAUUACUCCAUGAGUUCGUGCUCCACGACUGCAUCCUCAUCCAAGAUGGAAAAUGCAGGAUCCCAACUUAAAACUUCUCUGAGAUUGAUCACAGGCAGUUCUUUGACCAAGCGUGAAAAAGUCCAAUUGCCCAUUUUAACCAUAGACGAUCAGCCCAAAACUUACCCUUCGUAUCUUGUCCAGUUCUUCGAAGCCAAGUUAAAAUUCGGGCCCUUGACCACCGACACUCAACGCGACCAUUUGAAAGAGCUCAAAGCGUUUUUGAAGGAGGGACUGAAUGCCACAAACCAUAAGCGAUUUCUUCAUUUGGUUCUUUUUGCCGAGGAAUAUGCUGUGGAGAGCGACUUGAACAAAUGCAGCCAAUUCAAUGUGCCGAUUGUAUGGGCGACCCCUCCCAAUCGUAACCAAGUGGUCCCUAGCAUGUAUUUGGAAGGGGUGGAAGAUAACAUGCCGAGAGUGAGGCCUUUCGACAAGAUUGAUGUCAGAUUUGAUAGCACAUCCGUGGUCAGACUAACUGUAUCAUCAGUAGAAGGCAACCGCUUGUUCUUCAAGAAACCAAAGCUUAACGCGUCCAUGAAAAAGUAUCGCUUGUGCCAGAAGGUCCAAUUCGUAUUGAACCGGCUCAAUUUUGAAAAUGGCCAUACUUGUCUGAAUAGGUUAACUCUUUUGGACCAGUUGAGAAUCUUUCCACAUCCUGGAAAGGGUGUUGCCCCUGGUGUGAUUAGCAACAAUGGAGGCCAGGUGACGAUCAAGCUGACCAAAGCUGAUCUCUUUAAUGCAAAUAUCGGCGACAAUGCGGAGCAACUUCGAGCGGUGUCGGGAAUUUUAAAUGGGACGAGUGGGAUUCAUCCUUAUAUCUUGUUCGGACCGCCAGGCACCGGAAAAACCGUGACCGUUGUGGAAGCCAUUUCUCAAGUCUUUCGACGGUUUGGGAAAGCCAAAAUAUUGGUGUGUGCUCCCAGCAAUGCUGCAGCAAAUCUCCUGGCUAUUCGACUACUAGAGAACAUCCCUCAAAACUCGAUAAUGAGAGGCAUGUCAAUCUCGAGAUUGGAAGACAAGCUUCCUAAGAUCCUCAAACGAAUCACGGAGUAUGGAGUGCAAUGGCGGCUCGACGUGCCUGACAAAGACAUUAUUGUAACCACCCUGUCGUCAGCUAGUCUCAUCACGAACACCAAUUUCACUCAUGUCUUUAUUGACGAGGCGGGCCAAGCCACUGAAUCCGAAUAUCUGUUUGCCACGGUCGACAAACUGACAUUCAAAAGUCGCGUGGUGCUCUCUGGCGACCCUUACCAACUUGGACCGGUGGUGAAAUCCGGAAUAGCUCAAGCAUUUGGAUUUGAAAUGUCUUUGAUGGAGCGGUUGAUCAAAACCAAUCCCAGAUAUCAGAAAUGCCUCAUCACCAAGACGUACGACGGCCAUAUGAUCACCAAGCUAUUGAAGAACUACCGAUCUCAUGCUCAGCUCCUGAGCGUCUCUUCGUCUCUUUUCUACGACGGUGAAUUGCUGGCUUGUUCACCCAUCAACGCUCGGCCCAAUCUCCGUUUUCCCAUCACGUUUUGUGGAGUCAGGAACGUACACUCUCGCGGUGAAAAGUCGUGCUCCCUCUUCAACCGAGCCGAGCUCGAGGUUGCACUGAGGUACGUCUCUCUCCUCAGAGGCUCUUUUUCUGAGGCAGAAAUUGGCAUUAUCAGCCCAUAUCGAGCACAAGUUCGGCUCCUUCAAGAACGCUUGGGCUCUACUAAGAUCAUGAUUGGGUCCACAGAGGAGUAUCAGGGUCAGGAAAGACCUGUGAUCAUCGUCUCGACCGUUCGAUCGAAUCUCGGCCUUGAUUCCGACGAAACCAAUCGGGCUAGUUUGGGGUUCCUUAACAAUGCAAAACGAUUCAAUGUGGCUGUGACUCGAGCCAAGGAACGGUUGAUUCUCAUUGGAGAUCCAGCCUUACUCUCCACGGACCCGAACUGGAAAACGAUGCUAAAUUAUGUCAUUGUCAAUGGUGGAUACACAGGAUAUCGCUACAGCAGAGCAAGAAAGUUGUUGGCGAAGACCAAGGCCAAAAAUCACCACCGGCCUUAAGGCAAUCAUUGCUCAUUGGUGGGAUCAACAUUUAUUUUUCUAGGUAAAUUGAGACAAUUGCAUGUGGCAGUUGAGCCAAGACUAAUUGAUUAAUGCAUGAAAUGCAUGCUCAAGUAAUAUUUUACACACACAAAAAAACAAUCUCUUCAAGUCUCAUUAAAAGAGAGGAAAUCAACGUUGUGAGUCAAUAUUUGUGUCGAAAACACAAUAUGAUGCUUGAAAAACAAAAUAUUUUGCAAUAAAAGCACAUAUGUUAAUAAUUUUA